AGCCGUUGCCAUAUUAUAAGAAGAAGAAGAAGAAAUAAAUAAUAAUGAUUUAUUUGUGAUAUUUCUCCAAAAGCCGUACAGAAUGGCUGGUCUCUUAUGUAGAAUAUGCCUGGCACGUGAUACUCGUAUGUGUACAAUGUACAACACGCCACUGGAAGUGCUUUAUCAAAAAAUCACAAAAAUACCUCUUAAAACAAAAGACGGAAGGCCGCACGUGGUGUGUUACGUCUGCUACCAUUUAUUGAGCAAGUGUCACAAAUUCAUUGAAAGUGCCGUUAAAACUGACAAAGUUCUUCAACGACUAUGUAGCAGUGGUAUACAGUUAACUGAGCAGCAUAUUGCAGCGAUAGACAAGGCUUUCUUACUCACACCAUUAACUAAGUCACGCGUUAUAAAUGUAAACGCAAUAAGCGAUUCAGACGGAGUCAGUAUAGAAGUGGCCGAAGUCAAGAGAGAAAUUGAAGAAGAUAAGCCUAUAUAUUAUGAGGUGGAAGUUGUUAAAGAAAAAGCUGAUUCUUUAGGUUUUGACGGUAUAAAUAAUACAGAACAUAGUUCAAAACAGUACGCUUGUACUAUCUGUGGUCAUUGCUUGCUGACCAAGUAAGUAUCCUACUAAUAUGUACCUA